CAUGGGCCGACUAGCCUACAGCCCUACGCAUGGUCUCAUCCCAUCCCAUCAUCACCAUGCCUAUCGUAGAAUUAAUUCUUGACCGUGGGAGACUGGGAGCAGGUGGAAUCGGAAUGGAACCCAAAGCCGAAACCUCCAAACGCAAUAAUGGCGGGCUCUCCCUUCAUCCUUCAGUAGUAGUCCAGUUCACCCCACACCCCACGAAACCACUCCCCUCUUCAUUCCCACAUUCCCAUUCCUCGGCGCAGAUGGAGAAGCUCUGGGUGAACCGCAUGGAGAACGAGGAGGUCGCGACCUGGCUCUUCUUGAAGCACAGCUCCAUGGCGGAGCAGCAGCCGGGCGGCCUCCCGGAGCACCAGGCCCGCGCGCUCUCCGCCGCUUACCGCUGCGUCUGUGUCACCGACAAGCCCAUCUGGACCUUCCGCGACCUGGCCAGUCUCGAGGUCCUUCCUUCUUGAUUUGCUCGACCAACAUUUCCGGCCAUGGUCCAUCCUUCUUGGUUCGCACGAAGAAAGCCCUCCAACAUUUGUCUCUGUGGCCCCAUCUGACCUGCAUCGGCACCUCGGCGACCUCCUCAAGACCGAGAAGGGUGCCGACGUGGUUUUCGAGGUUGGUGGUCACACGUUUGCAGCACACCGCUGUGUGCUCGCUGCCCGAUCGCCGGUCUUCAGUGCGUGCUUAAGUUUUCUUGGCUCCCUGGCAAACCUUAGGGCUUUCUUGGACAGCGACGGCUUCAAUCAUCUCAGGAGGAGCUGCCCUUCGGUCGCUAAUAAUCUGGUUGUCAUGUCGGGCCUUUGUUAGCAAUUAUGGUUCCAGCGUUUGAAAUGUGUUACUUGUACUUGUAAUGGUGCUUAGCUCCCUGGUUUGGUUGCAAGACUUGUUAUCUGCUAGCUAUCUUGGAUCUAUUAGCAAAUGACUAUUAGACUACCUAUCCUAACAUUCGAAGAAACUGCAAAUUAGUGCCGUCACUUUGUUUUUGUUUGGUAUUUCCUUGCAUGUUUUCAUCCUUCCAAAUUCAUCAUGAAGUACUCGGGCCACUUGGCUAUCAGGUAGUCGUUCAUGAAUACUAUAGCUCUGUAAUUAGGUAGCUAUCGUAGUACAUGAAAGUAUCUUUCCAAAGGACAUGGAGAAGUGCAUCACUUAUUAGGAGUUGUCCCUCUUUAGCAUGAGGAUUGUUUGACACACAGCUAUUCUAAAAAUACUAUCAUGCUACCCCUAUAUGGUUGCCAUGUUUGCAAUUAUUUUGAAUUCAUUUUCUGCUACUGAUAGUAUUUGACAUCGUUUACACUUUCUUAUUAGGAAUAUUGUCCUGGCAUAUUACUAAAUUUAUCCUAAUGGCAUGCAGAACUAUGCUUAUUUUGGUCUAUGUUAUGUUAGUUGGUUGAUAUGUGCUUAUUUUCCUAUUACUUAGUAGUAGUAGCUUUGACUGAUAUUCACCAGCCUUGCAAGUUCUAUGGCUAUUGUUUUAUUUUUUAUUAAGUGCUUUGGAUGCCUACUGCAAAUCAGGGAAAGAGCUGCAGGUUGCGAAAUAUAUCUCAGACCUUGACCCAAAUGCACUUGUGGUGCAUCCAGUUACUCGUGCAUUCAGGCGUUUGAUCUGGAAUUGGGGGUACAGAUCUGAACAUUCUUUCUUGCAUCCUGUAGUUCAGAAAUUCAUGCAUUUGCUGCUGAAAUGUAAAAAAAGUACCUGUAGAGCAGAAAUUCAUGCAUUUGCUGUUGAAAUCCAUGCAUCGUGUAUAGCAGGGAUUCAACUUUGUACUAAAUCGGCCACACUUAUUUUGGGACGGAGGGAGGACGGCCUUCCAUUCCUUGUGGCGAUGAUUUUGUAUUUUUCUUUUUUUGACGGAAAGAUUGAGUAUUCAGUAUAGUUCUUAUGCGUUAAGUUAAUUUAUUGAAUUGCACCACCAUGUUUUAAAACGUGGUUGAGAUCAGAUAUGCACUCAUUGCUACC